GGACAGAGCUCCCUUUGGCCAAUGCAAUGACUGAAAUACAAUGAAUGCCAUGAAAAUAUGCACCCAAGUGCUUUUCACAACUGCAAAUGCAAUAACCAGAAAAAAAAUUGGGGGCCAUUUUCAGGGGCCACCAUUACACCAGAAUUCAGCCCACAGGUCGGGCAUUUGGAUAAAUAGAUGUGUGUGUCUCCAACCCAAUGCCAGACUGGGAGAGAUGACUCCAUAAUGCCCAAUGGGUCUGUGGUUUAAGUGAUUGACUCUUGGUUUGUUCUGGGUGUUGCUAUCUUUAGCUUCAACUGGACCUUUGUGGUUAUGGAACUUUGCAUUUUACAUCUUCUUCCUCACCUGCCUUUAUAGGGGAUACUGGGGGAUUUCUUGUGUCCCUUUAUGUAGAACUUUAUAAGUGAGUGUCUCUGUCAGUGUCUCUGUCAAUAGUGGAGAGUUUUUUCUGACAAGGAACUUACUUGUUGAAAUGUGAAGCUCCAGAGCAAACCAGGAAGAAAAUGUUAAUGGAUAAAUUCCGACCAUGUGACGUUACCCUGGAAGAUGCAAUUGUACGCACCGGACCCAACGUUGAAGCCGUGUCUUCAUUUAGGCGUAUAAAGACCUACCCCAGGUAGUUGUGCCAGGAGAUGCAGAAGGUUCCUGAGAUGGGAACAAUGUUCCUGAGAAGGUUUCUGUGCUGGGUUUCCAUUUUGGGUCUCAUCGGUGGUGUGGCCGCCAAGCCGCAGUAUGCAUUCUCUGUCCCCUUUGUGCUGACCCCAGGAGAGAACACUAUAGCAUGCAUGAACUUUCUGAACCUUGACGAACCCUUGCACCUCCAUGUUUAUUUGGCAACUAAUGGAACAAACCACACCCUGUUUACUGAUGAAAUCCCGGCCAGAGACACCUUCCGGUGCAAAGAAUUCCAGGUGCCUGAUGUGGAGAUUAAUGAAUAUUCUGAGCCUCCUGUCAUUACAAUGGUGGCUACAGGCCAAGAGCUUGUCAUUGUGAAACAUCGGACCGUGGCCUUCAACAGGAACAAUAACAUUUACCUUGUACAACUGGACAGACCCAUACACAGGCCUGGGCACAAAGUUCAGUUUCGGGUGAUAUCGCUAGAUUCCAAGUUCCGGCCGGUGAACGAGGAGUAUUCUGCAGUGAAUAUAAUUGGUUUGGAAUCUGGGACUCCCCUGGCUGAGUGGCACAACCUGACAGCAGAACAUGGAGUGGUGUCCUUGGACUUCACGCUGCCAAAUGAUGCUCCUUUAGGGUCGUACAAUAUCUUUGUGUGGAAAUCAGAGCAUAUUGUGGCUUUCCAUGAAUUUAAAGUUAAAGAGUACGAGUUGCCCAGAUUCCAGCUGACUGUGGACGUUCCCAAGGAAAUAUUUCUAAAGAACAACAUGUCGGUCAGUGUCAGUGCCGGAGGCCCCAAUGGGCAGGGGGUCCCAGGGCGGCUCAGCGGCAGCCUUUGCACCAAAUUCGGACUUGUCCAUCCAGGAGACAAUGAUGUUUGUAUCAAUAUCACAGGAGAAACGGAUUCCAGUGGGACGUUUAGCAAAGUACUUAACCUGAACGAACUCCCAUUGGAUUUGAUAGGACAUUAUGUGGAUCAGAAACUCAACAUCACUGUGAAAGAGGAGGCCGCAGAAACUUUAGCUCCUCCUCCUAAAGUUACAUUUGACCCUGAAGUUCUGCCGCCGUUGAAGCCGGGGAUUCCUUACGUUGUUGGAAUGACGUUGCGGGACCAUGAGUUGAAGCCCAUGAAGAACGAAGUGAUUGAGCUGCAAAUUAAUUACGAGAGCGUCCAAAAUCUGACCACCGACGCGGAAGGCAAAGCUCAGUAUGAAAUCGACAUGGCCACAUAUGAUAGUUCUUAUCUUUUCAUCUUGGCAAAUUAUAAGGCUGCAGGAGAGGAAUCCAGGCCGGAAAGGUUAGAUGAUCCCCUUGAUUAUAUUAUAGCAGACCGGUUCUACUCUCUCACGGGAAGCUAUAUUCAGGUGGAUUAUCCCCAAAAGGAGCUGAGCUGCGGGAAAACCUAUGACAUCCCAGUGCGUUACUUGUUCAGCCCUGAGGGACUGGGAGGCGGAAUCAGAAACAUCUCUUUUUACUACCUGAUGGUGUCACGAGGCAAGAUUGUGAGCUCUGGGGAACACUCGGUGGAUGUCAGUGACAAGCUGCCCUGCCUUAGGGCAACAGGACAAGACAAGAAUAUGACAUUUGGUGAAGUCUUGGUGGAUGUGAACAUGACUCGGUGUGGCAACUUCUCCCUCAGUCUGACUAUGCCUUCCCAGUAUAGCCCCAGCAUCAAUAUUGUGGUAUACAGCAUGCUGCAGGCAGAGGUUAUAACCGACAUUGCUCAUCUUAACAUGGAGAAGUGCUUGAAACACCAGGUUUCCCUGAGCUUCUCGGCAUCUGACGGGGCUCCUGGAUCUGAUGUCUACCUGAUGCUAAAAGCCGACCCCGGAUCCCUGUGUGGCCUCCAGAUCAUUGACUCCAGCAUUCUUCUACAUAAUAAUAAGGGGCAAAUCACAGCUGAGGAGUUGGAAUAUGCUCUGUAUAAUCAGGAAGUUGUGUUUAUGGAGAACCAUCUUGUUCCAGAGGAGCCGGAAACAUCAUGCAUUAAAGGCAAUGGAUCUGAUUCUGUGUUAUUUUAUAGGGAAGGAUCUGCUUAUUUUGACUUCCAAAACGCUGGCUUAAUUUUUGCUACAAACACAUCCCUGCAGAGACCUUGGAUAUGUGGCGACCUAAGAAGGUCCAGAGGGUAUUUCUUUAGGCAGAGGAUGAUGCUCCAUAACACAAAAUAUAAGAAACAUCAUUACAAUACAUUUGAGGAGCAAUUCCCAAAAGUCACAAAACUGAAAUAUGCUUUCCCUGAAAUCUGGAGUUUCGAUGUGGUCAUGGUUGGUGAGAGCGGCUCAGCAUCUGUAACCCUGCGAGUCCCGGACACCAGCAGCCAAUGGCAAGCUUCCAUGUUCUGUCUUUCAGAGGAGAGUGGACUUGGGAUAACCAAUUAUCCAUCCAACUUCACCUCCACCCUGUAGUACGCUGAACAACAUGAUUGCUGAAGGGCUUUAUUGAAAAGCCAGAGUUGGGAACCGGGGUUGUUUAUUGAAGUAUAAACAACCCCAUUUAAUAUUAGUGUGGGGGGGGUUAUUAUAACCUUGGUUAAUUUGCUUGUGUUGGUUAAAUGAAGUUAGGAAUGCUAGAGGCUAUUAAAUCCUUGAACAAAGCUGCAAGCCGUACUGCCCUCGGGGCACAAACAUGGAGCUGGUCAUAUUCCCAUGUUCCCCUGUAUUUCUGCCUUUGGAAUUCUGGGAAUCGUUCUGUCCAUAAGGUGUUAUUCUUUCACUUCAUGCCUUCUUACCUAGACAUUGGGCAUUCCCUGGGGUCCAGAUCUCUACUGCUGCCGUCAAUGUGUAGCCACCAAUAAAAGCCGAGUAUAAACUGA